GCACAAGUGAGUGAUAAAGCCCUUCCUCGAUGUGAAUAAACAUGGUCCCACCUAAGACUGUAUCAUUUUCGGGACCUGUCUCCGGCUUUCUUCUGAAGACGGUAUAAUUUUGGGACCUCAUCUCUAGAUCUCGUUCCAGGACUACUGACUCAUCGAGCAUGCUUGUGUUCUGUAUUUCAGAAAUGGCUUACAAAAUGAAGAGAGAACAUGCCUUCUGGGCAACUGUGUGUCUGUUGCUUGGCGUUGUUCCUGAGCUUCUUAAUGCUCAGCCCGAGGAAGCUGAUGAUACAGAUUCUGGGUUGCCGCUAAUGAAACCACUGCAUACAUUUUGUGCAAUGAGGGCGGAAGAGGGUCCAUGCAAAGCAAUGAUAAGGAGUUAUUUUUUCAAUAUGUACACUCGUCAAUGUGAAGAAUUUAUAUAUGGGGGAUGUGAAGGAAACGAGAACCGAUUUGACACCCUGGAAGAGUGUAAGAAAACAUGCAUACCAGGUUAUAAAAAUACAACUAUGAAGACAGCAUCUGGAGCAGAAAAGCCCGAUUUCUGCUACUUGGAAGAGGAUCCUGGAAUCUGCCGAGGUUUCAUGACUAGGUAUUUUUAUAACAACCAGUCAAAGCAGUGUGAAAAAUUCAAGUACGGCGGGUGCCUGGGCAACAGCAACAAUUUUAAAACUUUGGAUGAAUGCAAGAACACCUGUGAGGAUCCAGUGAACGAGUUACAGACGAAUGACUACGUAACUGACCUCAAUACUGUAACUGACCUCAAUACUGUAACUGACCUCAAUACUGUAACUGAUCGCUCUACUGUGAAUAACGUUGUGAUUCCUCAGCCUACCAAAGUACCCAGGAAGCGGGACUAUCGUAGCCCUUCCUGGUGUCUUGAACCAGCAGAUAGUGGAUUAUGUAAAGCCAGUGAGAAAAGAUUCUACUACAAUUCAGCCAUUGGAAAAUGCCGCCAAUUUAACUAUACUGGCUGUGGAGGAAAUAAUAACAAUUUUACUAACAAAAGAGACUGCCUGAGAACAUGUAAAAGAGAUUUAAUCAAAGAAAAGUCAAAAGGAGUGGUUAAGAAGCAAAGAAGAAGGGUGCCUUUUGUGAAAGUCAAAGUCGUAUAUGAAAACAUUAAUCAAUGCUGAGAUAUAAGCACGUUACAUUUUUACAUUAGUUUCACUAAAUAUUCCUGUAUGGUGUUUUCACUGUGAUUUCUAACCUUCUACAAAUCAGUUUCCUGUUUCAUUGAUAACCAUCUAUUGGAAGAUAUAUUUUCACCGGUCGCAAUCACAAAUAUUACGUACUCUUGACAGUUUAAACUUUCUUGAAUGAUUUUAUUUUUAACAAUGUGAAAAAUAAAAUCUUUUAUCCUGAGCGAUAAACUUGACUGUUACACUUAUUGUGCCCUGUGU